GCCCCUCUCCGGCGCCGACUUCAGGUCCCCGGCGGCCGCCGUAGCCGGAACUGUUUAGAGCGCGGCGUCCCGGGUGUGGGAGGGCGAGUGGCGGCAGCACCGGCGCCGUCAGCCCUCUUAGCCGUGCGGCAGUCCACGGAGAGGGCUUGCGAAAGGAACAGUGCUCAGUGACCGCGCCUGACACCUGACCACCAGCCCGGCGUCGCGGCUUCGCCGCAGCCGGAGCUGCCGGGCCCGGUCGGUUCCGCGGAGGCCCGGGAGCCGGGAGCCAGGUUGCCGGGAAGCGUGGAUGAAAAAGGAUGACAGUGAAGUUGGGCGACGCCGGCAGCGGGGAGGAAGGGCUCAAGAAGCUGGGCAAGCGGACGGCCGAUGAGGAGUCGCUGGACGGAGAGGGGCCCGGCGGCGCGGACGCGGCGGACAGCAGCAGCACAAAGAGGGACGGGCAGACCCCUCGGGCCGCCGGAGCUCCCGCGCCACCCAGAGGGCUGCCUACCCCGUCCCCACCGCAGGGCAGCCCCCAGGACCAGCACCAUUUCUUAAGGUCCAGCGUGCGACCACAGAGCAAGAGGCCCAGGAAGGACGCACCCUGUGCUGUGGGCAGUGGUGGUGCCAGCGGUUCCGGGCCGCGAGGGAAAGUCCUUUCUCUCCAAGGAAGUGACGGUGGCACAUCAUCUUCUGGAAACGUGUCUGGGGUUACUCCUGCCACCCCUGCAGGAGGCUCUCGCUCCUCCUCCCGGAACAUAGGAUCUUCAGGGCCUGAGAAGGAAGAAGGAAAGAAGGUCCGAAGGCAGUGGGAGUCGUGGAGCACGGAGGACAAGAACACCUUCUUCGAGGGACUGUAUGAGCAUGGAAAAGACUUUGAAGCCAUUCAGAACAACAUUGCUCUAAAGUACAAGAAGAAGGGCAAGCCUGCAAGCAUGGUGAAGAACAAGGAGCAGGUCCGGCAUUUCUACUACCGCACAUGGCACAAGAUUACCAAAUACAUUGACUUUGACAAUGUGUUCUCUCGUGGGCUGAAGAAAUCAUCCCAGGAACUCUAUGGUCUCAUCUGCUAUGGCGAGCUACGCAAGAAGAUUGGGGGUUGUAUGGAUGACAAGAAUGCAACAAAAUUGAAUGAACUCAUUCAGGUUGGAGCCACCACAGUACGUUAUAAAGGGAGAAAUCUCCGGAUCAAGGCACCCAUGUGCCGGGCCCUAAAGAAACUCUGUGAUCCAGACGGUCUAAGUGAUGAAGAGGACCAGAAGCCAGUGCGCCUGCCCCUGAAAGUCCCUGUGGAAUUACAGCCACGGAACAACCACGCUUGGGCGAGAGUACAGAGCCUGGCCCAGAACCCACGUCUCAGGAUGAUUGUGGAGCUACAUCGCAAAGUCUCUAGCCUCAUUGAGUUCCUGAAGCAGAAGUGGGCACUCCAUGAAGUACGAAUUCGGAAGACACUUGAGGAGAGGCAGCUGCAGGGGUCAAGCACAGUGCAGACCCAGGAGAAGGUGGCAUUGCAUCUGUUCCCAGGAGAGAACUGCACGCUGACACCACUGCCGGGUGUAGCCCGUGUGGUGCACUCCAAGGCCUUCUGCACUGUACACUGGCAAGAAGGUGGCCGUUGCAAACAGGGCACUAAGGAUACACACUCCCUCCCUCCAGCACAGAUCCUGGGCAUCCAGAGUGGACAGGGACUAGCCCGGGGCCAGCUGAAGUGCCAAAGGAGCAGUGCUGAAGGCAAGGGUGGGGGGCGACUCCUUCCCACUGCAGAUGCUUCACAGAGCUCAGGGGAGAGCUCCCCUGAGAGUGCUCCUGGAGAGGGGGCAGCUCCAAGUUUGAGCAGCCCAGAUGCCCCUGACAGAGCUCCUCAUGGGCACCAGGACUCUGGACCACAGCUUGAGAAGACCCCUCUGACAGCCCAUAUAGUGGGCAGGGACAGCCCUAUUCAAGAAUCUGUGGCUGUGCCGUGUUCCUGCGGCCACCCCCCAGACUUAGAAGAUGAACUCUCACUCCUUGACCCCUUUCCCCGGUACCUGAAGUCUUGCCAGGAUCUCAUCAUCCCGGAGCAGUGCCGCUGUGCUGACAUACAGUCUGGGAGAGAGCACCCUCCUCUUGGCAGGGUAGCUUCCCCAGAGACCCUCAUUCCCAGCAGCAAGGAUGUCACUGACAAUGCUCCCCCUGGCCUGGACCCUCAACCUGGCACUGAUCCUCAGCCUGACACCAGGCUUCAGUCAGAUAUUUGUACUAAAGAACUAGUGAAUUCAUGUCCUGAAGAGUCCCAGGAAAAAGGCAGCUCCUCAGAACCUCUGUUGUCUCAGGGACAGCCUGCUACUAGGCCUUCCAAGGAAGUCCCUGCCAGCCAGCUAGCCCAGCAACUACGUGAAGAAGGCUGGAGCUUGCAGACCUCUGAGAGCCUCACACUGGCUGAAGUCUACCUCAUGAUGGGCAAACCGACCAAAUUGCAGCUGGAGUAUGAUUGGCUGGCUGUGCUGGGCCCGGAGAGCCAGGCACCCACAGCACAGGGCCAGACUGCCCUAUCCCGCUCCUCGCCCUCAGCCCUCCACCAACAGCGCCUCCUGAACUGCCUCCUGAGGCUCAUCUCCACUGAGGUCCACCCCAAGAUGGCUUUUGAACCAAACACAGCAUCAACAGCUUCAGUCAGGCCCGCCCAGGAGGAACAGUCCAUAACCCCACCAGGGAAGGUAGUGACCAUCAGCUCUCGGAGUCCCCGCUGUUCUAGAAACCCGUCUACCCUACGAAGCAGCAAGACCUUCCCAUCUGCUUCUGCACCUUGCUCCCCAGGUUUGAGAAAUCCUCCAAGGCCUCUCUUGGUGGCUGGUCCCUCCAGUACAGGAAGCAGUGACUCAGAUGGUAGCCUCUUUGCUGUCCCAACAACUUUGCCACCAAAUAGUCGACAUGGAAAGCUCUUCUCUCCCAGUAAGGAUGCGGAGCUGACUUUUAGGCAGCACUUGGACUCCAUCAGCAUACAGUCAGACUUUUUCUCACCAAAGCCCAAGAAACUACGGAAACGGCACUUACGGAAGCCACUGGUGGUCCAGAGGACACUGCUCCCUAGACCUUCUGAAAACCAGUCCCACAAUGUGUGCUCCUUCUCCAUCCUGUCUAACUCUCCUAUAGCUGGGAGAGGCUGGUUCCGGCCCAUCCAGUCUUCUCUGACCAAAGCAGCUCUGUCUCGACCCAUAGUGCCCAAGGUCCUCCCAUCUCAGGCCACCAGUCACCUGCCCAGUGCCAUCGACUUAGCAGCUCAAAGUGCUGGCAUCAUCCCUGGAAGUCCCUUGCCAGUUUUAGAUACUGAUGGCUCAUCUGGCAUCUCUCCACUGUCUUCAGAACCAGCAACCACUGCCAUCUCGGGGCAGGGUGACACUGGACCACACCAGAACAGAGACCCUGUUACUGCUGUAAGGGGCACUAAUGACCCAUUUAUCAGCAUUACAAGACCAGAGCAGGAUCCAAUGGCUGAUGGUUUCCAGGGAUCAUCUGUUCUGACCUUACCUGAGCUGUCCAAGGCUAAUCUCCAGAAUGGUCUGUCCAUACCUUUACCCUCAUCAGAGAGCUCCAGCACCCGUCUCUCCCCACCCAAUGUUUCUGCACUGCUGGACAUAUCUCUACCUGGCCCACCCGAGGAUGUUCUCUCGCAGGGAGAACCUGCCACACAGAUCAGCGACUCCAUCAUUGAAAUUGCCAUCAGCUCUGGCCAGUACAGUGAAGGAGUUCCUCUUUCUCCAGCAAAAUUGAACGGCAGUGACAGUUCCAAGAGUCUUCCCUCCCCAUCCAGCAGCCCACAGCCCAACUGGAUUGCCUCUCCCACUCAUGAUCCCCAGUGGUAUCCCAGUGACUCUACAGAUUCUUCACUCAGCAGCUUGUUUGCCAGCUUCAUAUCUCCAGAGAAGAACAGAAAGAUGCUACCAACUACUGUUGGGGCCAACAGUGGCACAUCUUUGCUUGGCCCUAGCUUGUUGGAUGGAAAUUCGAGAGACUCUUUUGUGUCCAGGUCUCUGGCUGAUGUUGCAGAAGUGGUGGAUUCCCAGUUGGUGUGCAUGAUGAACGAGAACAGCAUUGACUACAUAUCUCGGUUUAAUGACCUGGCCCAAGAAUUGUCCAUCACUGAGCCUGGCCGCCGGGAGGUUCUUUUUGAUGGUGGAGGAGGUGGUAAUCCUGUUGGUGACCUCUCUCAGUGACUGUGCUUUGUAACAUGGGCAUCCUGGAAUCCACAAGUGAGGUCUACAGAGCUGGCCCCAUCAAUCUGUCUGCACAGUAGAGAAAGUCAGCCCAGAAUCCUGAGAAGACAGUGAACAGGAGCAUAACAAUACCCACAUGCAAAGGAGCAGCCUGUGCAACAAGCAGGAGUCAUACCAUCCACAGGGGCCAGGACAAGCUGCCCUGAGAAGGGUAGUCCUCAGAAAUCCUUCUGGUCUUGGAGCCAUUGCAAUCCUGUAGCCUAUGUGGCAUCCUGACUGUAUGUCUGUGUAUUGAGCCUUCCAAAGGGUUUCCUACUUGCAAGAGACAUGCCUGGUGUUCAUUUUGUCUGUGGAGCUGUUAUAUGUGAAGGGAGGCCACAGCCACUGCUGCUUUUUUUCUGAUAUCAUUUUUUCCACUUGGCUGUUUUGUCUGCAGUGAUGUUGCAAGGGACAGUGAGUAUGGACCAGUCUUCUUGCCUGGUGGUAUCUUCACCUAAGACACUUUCUGGAUGCCUUGACCGUAAAGCAGAAGGGUCCCAGGGCCAUGUAGGUAAUGUUAUCUCCCCAAGAUUACUUAAUCCUCACCUAGUGCUUCCUACCCAAACCAUCCAGAGGUUUGGUUCUGCCUGGCAAGAGGAGGAGGAAAGAAAGUAUGUUUCUUAGAGGUCGUAUGAAUGUUUUGUAUGCUCUUGCAAAGCUGGUUGGGAAUGGUUUUCUUCUGGUUUAAGAAUUGGGAGAUAUGGACAAGGACUAGUAAGAGUCCUUGAUCUAGGUGGCUCUGCUCUCUACCUAUGCUUAAUGCCUAGUUCCUUCUAAGUGAUCUAAGAUACCAUUCCUCUCUACUGGUCGCCACCCUCACCCCCACCCUUAAAUGCACUGCUAUGUCUACAGAUUUUAUGCGCACUUAAAUUUUUCAUGUGUUAUUGCUGGUAUCUGAGGGGAGGCGAGUCUUUCUCCCAGGCUUUCUUUCUUUCUGUUCUGGGACCCAAGCCAAGUUUAGAUGCCAGGGUGUAAGAAGAGCUCACAGCUUGAUGAUGUUUUAGCAACUCGCUUACGAAGUUCAGCGGUGGUCAGUCAGUUGUCAUGAUCAGGCCAUCAGGCCAUCCUGCUCAGAGUGGUGCCAAAAAGACUUCCAUCCCCCUUCUGUGCCCUUAAGUAGCCCCUCACUGCUCACUCUCCACACAUUAGCCACGGUUGACACCCCAUCCCCCCUUUUUUUCCAAGACAGGGUUUCUGUGUAUAAUCCUGCUAUCUUAUAACUUGAUUUAUAGACUGCAGUGGGCUGGAGAUCUACCUGUCUCUGCCUCCUGAGUGCUGGGCUGAAAGUCAUGUGCUACCACACCCAGCUUUAAAGGUCCUUUUGAACUCCAAAAACUGCCACCUCUGUUUUCCACCUGUUCUAGCCUUCUUCCUUUGACCAAGCCAGCUCAGUCAGUCAACAGGUUCUCCAGCGUAGGAGGAGGAUUAAAAAGAAAAAAGACAAUACUGUAGCAUGAGACUGAAAGUAGUCAAUUCUGAGACUGAAGGCAGGUUUAUUUUUUCCAAUCCACUUUUAUACCAUUUUAAUUACAUGCAGGUAUUAAGGGCGAGUAGUACAAUGAGAAUCAAGCAAGACAAUAAACACAAAGCCCCGUCUGAGAUGUCUGAGCCUACUUUGUCCUAUCUUAAUGUCAGAUUCCUGCCAAGCAGCCCAUUUCCUUGUCCUUGGUCAGUGUCAAGCUCCUUGGCCAGUGUCAGACUUCUGCUAAGCGACAGCACCCCAAUGAGGCUCUCUGCACUCCUUGCACAGUAGUACAUAAGACCAGCCCAGGCCCUUACUUCUUUCUAUCUGCAAUGAAGAAAGAGAUGGAAAUGGUCCCUUUUGGGACAGUUGAUCCUGUUGUCUCACUGGCUACUACAAACCCUAGAAUGCAGGCUCUAAUCCAGAAACAAUAUAGGGGCUCUUGACAGUAAAUUCCUUUACCUCCCAAGAUCCUCCUGCCUCUGGUACUGGUAAAGGAUCUGCCCCAAAUGCUGACAUGUGGACCCCUACAGCUGGUAAAAGUCGGACUGUUAGAUGAGAAGAGCAGCAUACGAUGCCAUCAAGAGACUGGUAAAGUAGCCAAUGUUUCUUUACCCAGUUGUGUGCUUUCAGCAAUGCCUUACUUAGCUGAAGGCAUUUAGAUCUUGGGACUGUAGACUGUACCAGGCUCAGCUUAGGCCACUGCUAGCUGCCAUUCCUGUGUUUCAGAUAGACUCUCCCACAACAUUUAUAAGCAUGGGUGCUUGUAGAGUCAUGGUAACAGCAUGUAGAACUAGGUAGUUGGAUUCUUAAGCUGGUUCCCAUCAGGCAGUGAAUGCUGUGAGGCACAUGUUAGUCUGUGCUGUCUAAAAGGAGUUGAGACUAUCUUGAGGAGCAGAGACUAUAGCCCUUGUCACCGAGUAGCAAGCAAGGCAUCAAAUGGACUGGUGCUUUACUGUAAGGAAGCUGACAGGAUUCCAGAAGAUUCCACUGCUUCUUUAACGCCCAGCUAUACUCAUUUGCUCAUCACCACCAUCUUAAAGACAAAUAGUGGCAUUUGUAGCAGAGACUCGAUGGAUACAACUUCUCCCAGCCUGAUCAAAUAUCCAUGCAGAGAACCUGAAAACUGCUGAAGGUUAGAGUUUUUUUAAAAAAAACAAAACAAAAAAACAGCAAGAAAGGCUCCUAGGUUCUAUAUCUCCCUCUCUUCCUUUCCAUCAGUUUAGAUGGUUCCUGUUCCCUCGGGCUUCCUUUCCUCAUUGGAACUUAGUGUGACAUACAUGCGGUCAGUCUUUGAGAAACCUUUUUGUUAAUACUAAUGUUUCUUAGACAUGCUGAUUCAUCUUUUAAAAGAUUGGGAACCUGUAUCUCUGGUGCUUGCCAUGGAUUGUGCCCUAGAGAAGAUGCUCAGGCGAUCUGAAGUCCAUAUAUCCUGUCGGGCAUAGUACUUGCUCAGGGAGAGGGACUUCGGGGACAUUUCAUCUGUUGGUCAACCUUUUUUCCUACCCUCUUCUUUUUCAUUCCUUGUGAUAGCCUCUGCUAGGGGAGGUGUCGUUCAGUUUAGCAGCAUUUUUAACCAGACCAUAUUGUUAGAAAUGGUUAAACCGAGUUUAGAAGGAAAUUGUUUUAUGUACUUUUAAAACAAAUCUCCCAAAUGCAUUCAUGAGGAAAUACCGUACUUUGUCUUAAUUUAAAAAACAAAACUUUAAAAAAGGAAAGAAACCCACAAUAUAUCUUCUCCAGAGGCCAGCCUGAUGAGGUCAGUCCAGUUUUGGAAGCCCUGCACCUGCCAGACCCUUACUAGUACUAAUUAGUAAGAUCACGGCUGGAGGGUGCGCCCAGCAGACCGAUCUCAGUGCUGUUUGCUUUGAUAAUCGUUAAGCCAUAUCAUCUGAGGUUUCUGGCUUGAGAUGUGAAUUUGUUUUAUAGACUAUAAAUAUACAGUGUAUGUAUAAAGCAGAAUGCCUGUCCUUCUGAUUAUUUUUUGUACCAUAUUGUAAAUUACAUUAUUUAUUCUUUACCAAUUUUUUGGGAAUAAAAGGUGUUUUGGUUAUUUAAUAAACAAAAACUGUUAAAACUUCGGCUAAAAUUUCCAGUUUGGCUUGUAAA